CGACAGCCCGGGCGCGGACGCCCUCGGCGCGGGCUGGGGCAUCACCAAGGGCCUCGACCCCGAAAUGGCGCUGCUGGCCGAGCACCUGCUCAAGCCGCUACCCGCAGACCGGCAGAUCGAGACCGGGCCCUUCUUGGAGGCGGUGGCCCACCUGCCGCCCUUCUUCGAUUGCCUUGGGUCCCCGGUGUUCACGCCCAUCAAGGCAGACAUAAGCGGUAACAUCACCAAAAUCAAAGCCGUCUAUGACACUGACCCGGCCAAGUUCAAGACUCUGCAGAACAUCCUGGAGGUGGAGAAGGGGAUGUAUGGGGCGGAGUGGCCCAAAGUGGGGGCCACGCUGGCACUGCUGUGGCUGAAAAGGGGCCUGCGCUUCAUCCAGGUGUUCCUGCAGAGCAUCUGCGAUGGCGAACGGGACGAGAACCACCCCAACCUCAUCCGGGUAAACGCCAACAAGGCCUAUGAGAUGGCGCUAAAGAAGUAUCACGGCUGGCUGGUGCAGAAGAUCUUCAAGGCCGCACUGUAUGCAGCACCAUACAAGUCUGACUUCCUAAAGGCGCUCUCCAAGGGGCAGAACGUGACGGAGGAGGAGUGCCUGGAGAAGAUCCGCCUCUUCCUGGUCAACUACACGGCCACCAUCGACGCCAUCUAUGAAAUGUAUACCAAGAUGAACGCGGAGCUUGACUACACCGUGUAGGCGCCCAGACACACAGCCCCACGUGGACACACAGCCCACAUGGACACACAGCCCACGUGGACACACAGCCCCACGUGGGCACAAGCAGCCCCAUCACUGUGAAACAAGCUGGGAUCCCCAGCUCAGCCUGGCCCGCCUGGCCAGCGUGGGUCUGCAGGGGGCGGCCUUAGCUUGUUAGAGGUCUUUUGUUUUCUUGUUUUUGUUAUCUUGGCCUUUUCUAAUGGAGCAAUAAACACCCUCCACUCACUCCAGCUUCCCCAGCAGCUCAGGCUGAACCAACCUCCUUCCAGUGUGGUUAAAACCAAUUAACUUUGCUAACGAUGAAUUCCUAGGGUUUUGUCUUUCCCUCCCCUACCUAGCUCAGGAGGAGCCCAACUCAGGGGAGACAUACACCUCACCCAGCAAAGAAGCCAGGUCCAUCCGGCCCAAGGGUGUCUUGGAUGUUUGAAGGACAAUGGAGGCGGAUGGGAAAUUCAGCAGGGCCCAACUGUGGUGUCUGUUUAAAAGGCGAGCUGACAGGGUCCUCACGGGGCUGCACAUCUGGCAUUACCAGCCCUGUUCUCUCUCUCCCUCUGUCUUGUCAGACAGGUUUUUUUGUUUCUCCUGAAUUGUUACCAGCCUUUCAAAUGACCGCCUAGGCACACACAGGCGACCGUCCGUGACUGAACUCGCAUUCUUCUGCAUAAUGCUUUCUUCCUCAGGGUUGGCUCUUCCAACCCAAGAAACUGCCUGUCACGGGGCCCUCCAGCUGCGGAGACCCAAGAAACUGCCUUGCUGCCUUAAACCGUCCUUCAGGAGCUAAAAGAGCUAUAUUUUUUUUAAAGUAUCGGGGUUAAACACAUCCUGAAAGAAUUGAUGUAUGUUAAAAAAAAAAAAAACCCAAUGAGGAACAAUUGGUGAUUUUUAUGCAGAAACUAAAUAAUCCUUAAUAAAUAAAUCUAUAUUUUGAAAUCACA